AUGGCAGACCAGUCCCGUGACCCCAAGUAUCCCUCCCGCCAAUCCCUGGCCCGGCAGGGCUCCCGGGGCUCUCGGAGCUCCCAGGACUCGGACCUGCAGCGCCGCAGUCGGGAGCUGUCGCAGCCCCCGGGCAUCUUGGCCGAGGAGGUGCGGCAGGUGAUAGCGGCACAGCCCCGGAGUAGCCGGGCCAGCCAGGACAGCCGCUCCAGCCUGCCCGCGCAGAGCCUCCGCUGGUCGCAGGGCGCCGGCCUGCCUAUGGCCCAGGAAGCGUGGGCAGGUAACAUGGACCCAAUGAACCUGGGCUUCGCUCGGGACUUGCAGUCCCAGGGCUACCAUGAGAACAGGAUCUCAACUGGCGAGCAAAACACCCACCUGUUCCUGCAGCAGCUCCAGCAGGGCCAGGGCGGCCUCUUCGAGGCCUCCUACCAGGAUGGGCACACCAACCUCAUGGGCCAGCUGAGCUUCUCGCCCAGAGAUGACCGCUUCAUUGACGCCCACCACGGGCCCUACCUGAGGGACGACCCCGCCCUCCAGUUCUUGCCCUCGGACCUGGGCUUCGGGCCCUUCGCCAUGGAGUCACCCGAGCCCCACCCCCGCGAGCUGGCCGUGCAGAACGCCAAGGCCUACUUGCUACAGACCAGCGUCAGUUGCGACCUCAGCCUGUAUGAACACCUGGUGAACCUGCUGACCAAGAUCCUGAACCAGCGGCCCGAGGACCCCUUGUCCAUCCUGGAGUCCUUGAACCGCACGACGCAGUACGAGUGGUUCCACCCCAAGCUGGACACGCUGCAGGACGACCCCGAGAUGCAGCCCACCUACGAGAUGGCAGAGAAGCAGAAGGCGCUGUUCUUCCGCGGUGGCGGCGGGGAGGGCGAGCAGGAGAUGGAGGAGGAGGUGACCGAGACGGUGGUGCCCAACAUCAUGGAGGCAGCGUUCUACUUCCAGCAAGCCGGAGUGGGCCUGAGCGCGGACGAGAGCUUCCGCGUGUUCCUGGCCAUGAAGCAGCUGGCUGAGCAGCAGCCGGUGCACACGUGUCGCUUCUGGGGCAAGAUCCUGGGUCUGAGCCGCAGCUACCUGGUGGCCGAGGUGGAGUUCCGAGAGGGCGAGGAGGAGGGCGAGGAGGAGGAGACGGAGGAGACGCUGGAGCCGGGCGACGUGCUGGAGGCGCACGGAGAGGAGGAGGGCGAGGAGGACGAGGAGAAGGCGGCCGACACGCUGCCGCAGCCCACGUGGAAGCCGCCGCCCGCCACCCCGCGCGAGGAGAGCCGCACCGGCGCCAACAAAUACCUGUAUUUCGUGUGCAGCGAGCCGGGCCGGCCCUGGACGCGGCUGCCGCACGUGACGCCCGCGCAGAUCGUGCAGGCGCGCAAGAUCAAGAAGUUCUUCACGGGCCGCCUGGACGCGCCCGUGCUCAGCUACCCGCCCUUCCCGGGCAACGAGGCCAACUACCUGCGCGCACAGAUCGCGCGCAUCUCGGCCGCCACGCACAUCAGCCCGCUCGGCUAUUACCAGUUCGGCGAGGAGGAGGGCGACGAGGAGGACGAGGGCGGCGCGGGGCGCGACUCUUUCGAGGAGAACCCCGACUUCGAGGGCAUCCCCGUGCUCGAACUCGUGGACUCCAUGGCCAACUGGGUGCACCACGCGCAGCACAUCCUGCCGCAGGGUCGCUGCACGUGGGUGAACCCUUUACAAAAGACGGAGGAAGAGGAGGAGCUGGGCGAGGAGGAAGAGAAGGCAGACGAAGGGGUGGAGGAGGUGGAGCAGGAGGUGGGCCCCCCGCUGCUGACACCGCUCUCAGAGGACGCCGAAAUCAUGCACCUGUCUCCCUGGACCACGCGCCUGUCCUGCGGCCUCUGCCCGCAGUACUCGGUGGCCAUCGUGCGCUCCAACCUCUGGCCGGGCGCCUACACCUACGCCGUUGGCAAGAAGUUUGAAAACCUUUACAUCGGCUGGGGCCACAAGUACAGCCCUGAGAACUUCAACCCGGCCCUGCCUGCCCCGGUCCAGCAGGAGUACCCCAGCGGCCCGGAGAUCACCGAGAUGAGUGACCCCACCGUGGAAGAGGAGCAAGCCCUCAAGGCGGCACAGGAGCAGGCCCUGGCCGUCACGGAGGAAGAGGAGGAGGACGAAGAAGAGGAUGAAGAUGAGGAUGCAGAUGACUGA